UAGGCACAGUAGGUAGAUUCAUAGAGGUGCGUGUGUGUUUGGUGACCGAGAUUAAGGGUGAAUUUACGGGCAGAAUUAAGGUCCAGAGGCUGAGAUCGUAUCAGCAGUGCUGACUGAGAGAUAUGAAGUCACUUCCAUUGUGGCUGUUGCUCUUAACAUUGGAUUUUCCUCAUGAAACAAGUAGCGCCUGUGAUAUACAGACACGCCUUACUAUAUCUCCAAGGAGCCCAUUCCGUUACCAAGGGGAGGCUUUAAAUAUGUCCUGCCAAGCCAUUGCACCUCCUGGUCAUACUCUUGAUAAAGCAGUACUCCGAAUGAUGACGCUAAACGCUGAGAGGGAGAUGAUAGAAUAUCCUUCCGUCAUGUCCGUUUGGAACUCAACUUGUGUCGUCAUUAACACCAAUGCUGACGUGCGUUAUCCGGCGAAAAGAACUUACGAGGACAUUGAAUACUUUUGUUUAUUAACCUAUCCCGAGUGUGAAAAACCAGACCAAACGUCAACCUUGGUGGCAGUAGACAAUUACCCAGAGCCUGUGGAUAACGUGUCGUGUAUCAUCUAUAACUGGGAGAUCAUCACGUGUGUCAUUGAUCUUGGCCAAUUUUACAGACAUCAGCUGAAUACAGAUUAUUAUGGUGGCUUGCGCAUAGACGUCGAUAUAAGGAAGACGAGAUCACCCGGACAGCAGCCGCAAUCAAAGUGGUUGAGGUGCCCAAAAUUGACCUAUGUCAACGAGACGAUUAGGGACACUGUGACAUGUAGCUGGGAUGGUUUGCUUUCGGGGAUUUUCACACCUGGGGUUUAUGAGUUCCGGGUCAAUGUUACUAAUCAAUACAGAAAGGAUUCUGUGAGUUCCAGUCUUCACGCCGAGGUUUUCGUGAAACCAGACUCUGUCACAGAUGUAGUGGUACGGAAAAGAAACAGCACUGCAAUAACUCUGGACUGGAGUCACGAGGUUCAUGAAAAUGUGACGUACGAGGUGGUAAACAGCCCGUGGAGUACAUCAUGCGGUCCGACGAUACCUCAGAAAGUGUUGACCAAUCUGACGUCAGUGACCGUAUCGGGACUCAAACCAUUCACCAACUACACACUGAGCAUCUCAUCCUGCCCAGUGAUACAUGGCAACAUGGAACAUCAUCAUGGUGAUCCAACAACAAUCAAUGUAACCACGCAUGCGGACGUCCCACGAUCGAAUCCCGAUCUGGAUCCAGGAUCCUUCUCUGUCAACGUAAUCAGCAGUAAAUUUGAUCUUUACUGGCAGCCGACAAACCCUUGCCAACAGAACGGGCCAGACUUUAAGUACGUUGUCACCAUCACCUACAACAAUGAUACAGAAGAGCACUUAGAGAGGAUGCCUGACGAUUUUACUGCUGAUAUACCUGUAGAUAUUAAUGACACAUUUAGAAUUCAACUACAGGCAUGUAAUAGCAUAGGCUGUGCGAGGGAGCCGCCCUCUUUUCUAAUCUUCUCCAUCAAUCGUCCAGCAGAGCCUGCCAAUGUGACAGUGAACGCCAUUAACAACACUUUGGUACACGUCUCGUGGCACCAUAACAACAGAUCUGACGUCACAGACUAUACCAUACAUUGGUGUCUGACGGCGGGUAACCACAAAUGCGUGUCCGCCAUGAAUAACCGAACUAUCUUGUGGAACGAGAGUAGUUUGUAUGUGCCCCUCCCCGGCCCAUACAAAGAUUAUUUGAUUGGAGUAUCCACUGAGGCGGAGUCACGUGAAGGACUUAUCAGCUCGGGAAUCACCUGGAGCACGUGCACACAGUUUAAAUAUGGACUACCCAACAUGUCCAUGGAUACAUCGAUAAUCUACACAGACAGUGGCCUCCUACUGACCUGGACCCAGCACCGGAAGUGUAAUCCUGAGUAUGGUGUGGCAGACAUUGCUAUAGUCACGAUCCUGAACACAGAUAUAAGACACAAGACUGUGAUAAAUGUGCCGAUGUCGAGUGAGUCCUAUCUCGUGCCAGACUUGCCCCCCGGACGAUACGAAUGGUGGAUACAAAGUCAAUUCCCAAGGGGGUUGAGCAUACCCACCAGACCAGGCACAUUCGUCAUUAAUGAGGAACCAAAUUACACGAAGUACGUGGUUAUAACUGUUGUUAGUGUUGCCGUGGUUGUGCUUUUCAUCGUUGUGGCGGUGUGCUGCUGCAGGAAAGCGAGUCAAUACUUGAGCAUGGUGGAUAAGGAUAUGAAACAAAUACAACCUCCAGAUAUUAAUGACGGUAGAGAUUCCGGUAUCGGUAUUCCUAGCGAUGGUAAUUCCAGACUUCAGAGUUCUAGCGAAUCGCACGAAACGGUUCCCCUGAUACCAGUAGAUUCUAGAGAGGAAUCACCAAGUCCUGACCUAGCGUAUUGUGGCAGUCAGGAAAAAGACAGUAACUUCAGAUACAAUGGCUCCAGUGUGGAGACGUAUUUAAUAGCAGGCCAAUAUUCUUACAAAACCACAGAUAAACCCAAUGACUCUAUGACAAAGGAACACCUGUUAAAAACACCACUGAUAAAACCAGAGAUUACGACAACUAAACAACAUUUAACACCAAACACAGACGGCUAUGUGACCGUGGAACAAGAUUUAACACCAAACACAGACGGCUAUGUGACCGCGGAACAACAGUCAACACCUACUACGGACGACGAUGUGACCGUGGAACAAGAUUUACCACCAAACACAGACGACGAUGUGACCUCGGAACAACAGUUAACACCAAACACAGACGGCUAUGUGACCGCUACAGUAGUAUCUAAACCUGAAAACAGGAUCAACGUCGGGAUGUCAGGACAACAAUUAACAUCUGCCAAUGAGACACAUAUAACGGGCGGCUAUGUGACUGAGGCACAACUGUUAAAAACGGUAGAAACAAACAUCUAUGUGACUUAAGGAACCCGUUAAAACCGGAGAACAAGAACGGUUAUGGGACCGAAGAAGCACUGUUAAAACCUGAUAUAACGCCGAGACCGAGACGCAUCUGUAAAAUAGAACAUGUGGUUGUAAUGUGUGGUAAAAAAACUUCAGAAAAGGGGUGACAACUGUAUGAUUCUAUUCUGGAUGAAGUGAAAUGUGUGGAGCAUACGAUAAUUCCUACAGAACUUCGAGUGAUGAGUUCUACCCAAUAAAAACAAUCGAGAUAACAUAUAAUAAUUGCAAAUUGUAUAUAAGCCUUAGUUGAAUCUGUUGAACCAAAAACGUGUGCAAAAUGUAUAUUUUUUGUAUAUCUGUGAUAAUUGCCCUAAUGUAGCAAGGAAAUAGAAUCCAAUGUUUCAGCUGAACUGGCCUUAAAGGCCUUGCUGAUCCGCGGAAAUUAUUCUUGAAAAUAAAUUUAUUUCUCCAGACCCUGAAGUAAAAAAUAAACCAAAGUGGUUUAGGGGUGUGGUUAAGAAAUUUGAGAAAUGGAACACUUUCAAAUUUCAUCAACGUUACUUCCAGUAAUGCUACAACCUAAUGUUUUAACAGUUAAUACUAUCUGGGCUUAAACAUACUCCAGUUUGUUUUGAACUGGUCACAUAGGACACAAUGAGGUUUAACUGGUACUUGACAACUUUAAUCAGAAACAUGCUCAAUUCUUAAAUGUUGAAGAUAUAUGCUGUUAUGAACUUACUGGAGACUAACUUACACUUUCUCUGUGGCAAUGAUUUCUGAAUUGCUUCCAAUUAUGAGGCAAGAAAAUGUCUGUAAGACAUUACCCUUUGGUUGACCUAUAAUAAGCAACAAUGAUCUUGACCUUGGGACCCUGAAUCGGGUUGGGACGGUUAAUGGGUAUACCAGAUGCCCUUAACCAACAUACAAAUACACAUCAUUUAUACCACAAAAUAAAUCAUUUACGGUGCAGCUUUUCAGUGUAUAGAUGUAGUAGGGUACAAUUUUGUAGACCGUUUAUUGUAUUUUUAAUAGAAGUGUGCAAGUUCCGGUCCGGUGUUUUGUGACGCAAGUGUAUGUCUUAUUUUAUUAUGUAUUAUAAACCGGUUCUUUGCUAUGUCAAAGGGCGAGUCUAUUUUUAUCUGAAUACCCAGUGGGCAUUGCGCAAGGCGCGCGGUAAAUUCACACACCUGUGGACUUUGUAUGAUGAUGGUUGGGUUUUAUUGAGAGAGGCCAUUUUCAUCCUUUGUACUUGGAAAUU